UCCCUGGGUGCCUGAAUGUCUUUUCCUCCUAACUGCCUGACACCCCCCAGCCUCCAAGCCUUCACUUCUAACAGUUCCUUUUCUUUGCCUCCUCCUGCGACCUCCGACUUCCUCCCCCGAGCAGAAGCCCAGGAAGAAGAAGUCCAUGAGGAAGAGGAAGUCCAAGAAGAUGUGGCCGAGGACGAGCAAGAGGAUUACGAGGAAGAAGAGAAGCCUCGGCCAAAACUCACCGCGCCCAAGAUCCCGGAAGGAGAGAAAGUCGAUUUCGACGACAUCCAGAAGAAGCGGCAGAAUAAAGACCUCAUCGAGCUGCAGGCCCUGAUUGACAGCCACUUUGAGGCCCGGAAGAAGGAGGAGGAGGAGCUCAUCGCCCUCAAGGAGAGAAUCGAGAAGCGGAGGGCCGAGCGCGCCGACCAGCAGCGGAUCCGGGCCGAGAAGGAGCGCGAGCGGCAGAACCGGCUGGCCGAGGAGAAGGCCCGGCGGGAGGAGGAAGACGCCAAGCGACGGGCCGAGGAUGACCUGAAGAAGAAGAAGGCCCUCUCGUCCAUGGGGGCCUCGUACAGCUCGUACCUGGCGAAGGCCGACCAGAAGAGAGGCAAGAAGCAGACCGCCCGUGAGAUGAAGAAGAAGGUCCUGGCCGAGAGGCGCAAGCCCCUGAACAUCGACCACCUGAGCGACGACAAGCUGAGGGACAAGGCCAAGGAGCUGUGGGACACCCUGUACCAGCUGGAGACGGACAAGUACGACUUUGGGGAGAAGCUGAAGAGGCAGAAGUACGAGAUUACCACUCUCAGGAACCGGAUUGACCAGGCCCAGAAGCACAGCAAGAAGGCCGGAGCCAAGGGCAAGGUCGGCGGGCGCUGGAAGUAAAGCUGGAAGCGCCUCCAGAGCAGAGAGCUGCCCCUCCUCCCGAUGCCGCCGUCCUCCCUGCCCCCCACGUAUCCAGCCUCCCCCCCCCCCCCGCUGCCUCCCCGCAAGGGUUCCAGGAGGUUCCCCCAAAGGGGAAAGGCGGCGCCCCCUGGGGGGCCAGGCAGACAAGAAGCCCCCCUGCUCCCCGGCCCCUCAUCUCCUGCCAGCAGCCCCCCCAGGGACUGCUGGGCUCUCCCCGGUGGGGCGUGUAAAUAAAGCUCGAGUGACCCCCUUC